GAAAAAUAAUUUAAAAUACUUAACUUUGUGUAUCGACCCACAUAGUCCGUAUAAAAAUAUAUAAAUUACAAUUACAUACAUACAUCACAUACACAUGCAUGUAUUGUAACGAAGUCGUUAUCAUUUUUGUAUCAGAUGCAAUGUUAUCGACUCAAUGUGAAGUAACUUCCAACUGUACCAUCGUACAUGGUUGAGUUGGAUAUAUAGUUCCUCCAUUCACCGCUCUAAAUGCGACAAGAAAUUCCAUAAGCUGCAGAUCUAUUCUAUAGCUUAUAUGUGGCAAUAGAUCUAUCUUCUAUCCAGGCUGUGCUAGGAUUUUCAAAUGUGACGUGAAAAUGCAUUGCGUGUUAAAUCUAGAAUACUUCUUGUCUAUGCUUAAAUACAACACCUCUUUUUGAUGACAAUUAUAAACUUCUGGGUUUUUUUUAAUACUGCGGUCUGCUUUCUUAAAUUAGUAUUAUUAGUUUAGAGAUAAUUAUGUAUACAUAUAUUGUACAUAAUCAAAAUUGUACUCAUUGUAAUAUGCUUUUAAAAGCAUAUCUGAACUAUAACUGUUUUCCAUUAAACGAUCAAUAUGGCGACUUCCACAUAAUAGUAAAUAAAAGUGAUAGAUUUUGUUAAACUUUAUAAUAAAUUUCAUUGAAAAAGUGUAACUGUUUAUUACUUUUAUUUUAAUACCCAUUAUUACAAAUGAUGGUAGAUGAUGUUUUACAUUGAAGUGACUUACAUAGCUUCUUGUUAUUUCUAUCUUAAAAAAAUACGCAUAUAAUAUACGUUUGGUUUUAAAAAUCGAAGCUGUGGUAAUAUUAAAAAAUGUUGCAACGACAUCGAUUAUUAGGGGAUAAAAUACUUUUUCGAAUAUUGAAAAAUAAGAACCACCUCGUUAACAACAUAUGCGAAAAACUGAAUAACAAUGUGAAAAACAUUGUGUUAUUAUCAGAAGAUGAACUUUGUGAACUAUGGCUACAUAUAAAAACUGUAUUAUUAGAAGCACAAAAAUUAUGUAAACAAACAUCAAAGAAUAAAGACAAACAUGUGAAAGAGUUUAAUCUUAUGAUUAAAUUAAUACGUACAAUAACUAUCAUGGCUCUUGAAACAAUUGUACAACGAAAGUUUAUACCCAAUGUUCUAUUACAAAACAUAAUAUUACUACAUUCUGCUGUGCUACCAAAUAUAAAAAAUGAACAGGCUAAAAAUGAAAUAUCAAAUUUGCUGGAAAGGUGGUGGAUAUUAGACAUGACAUGGAAAGAGAAAGUGAUAAGAAAUGUAUUGAAAUACCUCAUCCAAAAUAGCAAAACUUCAUUGCAACAUGUAAAACGUUUAUAUGAGAUAAGGUCUAGCAUCACAUUACUGAAAUGCACUGAAGAUGUGCAAGAACUACUUAAACUUGUUCGAGAAAAAACUGUGAUGUCCCUUGAAGAAGGUCGAAUGUUGAUAUUACAUUUAUUUACGCUUGGGGAGCAAUAUAUAUUGGGAGUUCAUAAUAAUGUAAGGGUAGUAUUACAAGAUAUUGAAUACAGUUAUAUUCCUGCAUAUGCAGAUCUAUAUGCAACAGCAUGGUUAAAUGGAACUGAAAAAUUUAAGAAAUUUAUUGUUGAAAAUUGUUUACAAAAUAUUAUUUUUUAUUGUUUCCGAACAUAUAGAGAUGAUACAGGAAGGGGAAAGCUUGGUAAAAAUCUGCUUUCAUUUGUUGCUGCUAUGCAUGAUAGCAAGCAUCAAGCAGCAAAAUUAAUGAUUCACAAUGAAUGUAAACCUCUACUUUGGAAAUAUUUAAAGGCACAUGGGUCUUUCAUCAUAUGCAAUGCUGUAGAGAUUCUCUUUAUAACAAGUUCUGUUCAAUAUACAUGUACUCCAAGAGACAGAAAUAAAAUAUAUAUUCAAAAAUAUUAUGAAACAAUAACAGAUCUCUUAAAAGAUUCAGAUUCUGAAGUGUGCAAUGUUACUAUAAAAGGUCUAUUUAAAAUGUUAGAAAAAUAUUGGAAUCAUGUUCCAAACAAUAUUAUUCGGAAUUGGUUAAAUAUACUACUACAACAUACAAAAAACGCCAAUAAUUCCGAAAUAAGGGCAAACAUUUUUACUGGUUUAAAAAAAAUAUUAGUUAAAGAACGAUCUUAUAUGAUACUUAAAGAUUUUCUACCAAAUUUCGCAAACAGUAUUUAUGACGAAGAUCAAACGGUAUUAGAAGCGUUAAUUAAACUUCUUUACCAUGCACAAAACCAACUUGGAAUACCAUUCUGGAAUAUAGUACCCUUGACCUAUGUUCUCGAUCGCUUAGAGACUACUCAAGAUGAAUUUGUCUUGCAAGAAUUAGUAAAACUUAUGUGGUUACGUAUAUCGUCGAAUGGUACACAUCACGAUAAAAUAAAGGAUGAAUUAGCAUACAUAGGAACGAGCAAUAUAAAUGCCGUUAGAAGAUUUUGUUUGCAUUCUAAAUCUGUUAUAAGUUUAAGUACAUCCACGAAGCUUAUUGAAACUUUGUUAUCUGUGAUAAGAGAAGAAAUGGAAUGUUUACCUGUAGCAAAAAUAUUAAACAAAAAUUAUAAUAAAAAAGUUAAAUUUAACAAGAAGAAGAAUAGCUUCGAAAAUGAUUCUUCAAAUAGUUGGAAUGAUGACUUUGAUAAUUAUAGAGCUAUAAAUAUAUAUAUCGAUAUUAUUGCUAUGUUAUUAAUAGCAAAUAUUGAACAUAGUGACGAAGGAAUAUUAUAUAAAAAAGAAAUUAAUAUUUUACAACUAAUUGCACAUGCAUUACCAGAGCUUUUCAAGAAUUUCAGAGAAACACCAAUAAACGAAUCAAUAAUAUUUUUAUUUUCUUUAAUACCUCCGAAAUUUUUUUUGAAUAAAAUUGGUAUUCUGGAAAUGUUGAUACAACAACUGUGUGAUCCCAAUACUCCUGAUGAAAGUCUCCUUUCAAUUGUGUAUCUUCUCAUGAAAUGGAAUAAGGGAGAUACAAUUUUAUUCGCAUUAACGAAUCUUUUUACACAAUCUUUAAAUACAAAUGCAAGACAUAAUCAGAAUACUGCACAUGAUUUCCAAAUUAAUGAGAAGGGUCUAGAAUUAAGUUUACGAAUUCUAAAACAUUUACUGCAUGUUGAAUAUCAGUCAGUUUUAAUGAAUAAAUAUCAUAAGGACAUACUUAAAUUUUGGGAAAGUUUACAUAGACUAAGAAGUUUUAUAGAAAGAGAAAUGAAUAAUGAGUGCAAUAUAAAAAGUCUUGUAUCCAAAGAUAUAAUUAUAAAUUUUUUUAAAGAAUAUAUAUCAAUGAUUGCAAUAUUACAUAAAAAGGAUGUAUUUGAUACAUCAGAACAUUUUUCAGAGAUUUUAUUAUGGGUCAGGAGGACAAUAGUGACACACAUAUCGCACAUUGAUGUAAACAUUAUAGAAAAUCAUUAUAUUUGUAUAAAUAUAAUAAAAAGUACUUUUGAUAUGUCAAAUUUACUACUGAAAGAGUGCAAUACUACUCCGAAACUAUGUUGUGAUAUCGUACUUUUAUAUUGCAGUUGUUUAUCAUCACCAAAUGGCAUAAUUUUUUUAAAUGAUGCAUUUGAUGCAAUAAUGAUGUUAUUAGAUUUUAGUAAAAUGGCUUAUGACGAACAAGAACCAAAUUUAUUAAACAUUGUUGUACCAAAUUUUGUAUGUAUUGUAAUGGUUACUUUAACUAAAUGUAGCAAAGAUAUAUUACUUAAAUAUACAAACGACAGAAAAAUACUGCAUAAAUUAACGCAAAAAUAUUUUUCCGUUAUUAAAAAUACUUUUGACGAUGAGAGUUCUUAUCUUUCAUAUAUAACUAUUAUGUUUAAUGCUGCAAUCAGUAGUAUAAGUAUGGAAAUUACACGUUUACUACAACGCUCACAUGUAAUAGAUGAAAAUAUUAUAAGCACACCGUUUCCUUAUCUAGCAAAGGAAAUAUUAAAAAUUAUUUUAAAUACAAAAAGAUAUCAAAAACUGAGUAUACAAGUAUUAACAAAGACAAUAACAAGUUGUGCAAAAAUUGACAUGUUAUCUUCUCUGAUAGUAAUAUACAAAAUGCUUAAAUCAAAUAAUAAAAGAGUUAUUAAUUUACUUAAAAACGUGACAUUAGCAUCCAAAGUACACUACCAAAAUCAAUCUUGUGAUACUCUCUUUGAUAGGUCUAUAAAUGAUGCAAUAGAUACAGUUAUAGAUGCCAUAUUGAAACAAAAAUAAUACAAUUACCGUUUAUGUAAUAAAUAAUUAUGUAAUUGUAAUAAGCCAAUAUAUCUACUACGCGAUAUAUUUUUAUUCAA